ACCGUCUGCUCCUUAAUAAGCCGCAAUUGACAAAGUCUGUAUCUUUCCUCUGUCUAAUGCUCGACAAUGACACCGAGAUCAUGGUGGCAGCUACAGUGAUUCUCUUCUUGGACGAUAUGAGCUUCACAGCAGUCACUGAAGGCCCUUCAAUGGUACGAAAUGGCGGCAAUGCGCCCUCCACAUCCACUCCGCAGGUUACACGAACCUCGGCGUUCGGGACUCCAUAAGGCUCAAAUACCCGGCAAUUACAUUCACAGUCCACACCGUCCAUAUCAAAGCACUCCGCCGAUGUGAGCCUCCUCUUCAAUCACUGGCGCAUAGCUGGUGAAACCCUCCUAGAAAAUGUCGUCCUUUACUAUCGUCGAGCACAAGAUUCCAAGUCAACACGUUCGAGAAUACCCACGAGCGUUGGCUGGCUCGCAAGAGGAUGUACUACAUUUGGCUGUCAAGCAAUAUAUACCCAAGGAUAAUCCCAAUCCUCAACCCGGCGAUGUGACGAUAAUAGGCGCGCAUGCGAAUGCAUUUCCAAAAGAGCUAUAUGAGCCAUUAUGGGACGAUAUCCACGCUCGGUCGAAGAAAAGCGGCUUUCGCAUCAGAAGCAUAUGGAUCGCGGACGUUGCGCAGCAAGGUCAAAGCAGCGUCUUGAACGAGAAGCAGCUGGGAAACGAUCCCGGCUGGAACGACCAUCCUCGAGAUCUGCUUCAUAUGAUUAACACAAUGCGAGAUCAAAUGCCUCGACCUCUGAUAGGCGUAGGCCACUCAAUGGGUGGAAAUCAUCUUGUCAACCUCGCCUACAUUCACCCACGCCUCCUAACCACGCUCAUCCUCAUUGACCCCGUCAUCCAAAUAUACUCCAGCGUAGCGCCGCAUAUUGGGCCCAGUCCCGCCCGUCUCUCCACCUUCCGGCGCGAGGUAUGGCCAUCCCGAGAAGAAGCCGCAAAAUCAUUCAAAUCAAGUAAAUUCUAUCAAGCCUGGGACCCGAGAGUUCUCGAUCGUUGGGUACAAUACGGUCUCCGCGACAUGCCCACAUACCUCCACCCGGAAGAGCCACCCAAAGUGACGUUAACAACCCCUCUCCACCAAGAAGUCUUCACAUUCUUGCGCCCCAAUUACGAAGGGUACGGGAACAACGGCAAGCCCGUCAAUCGCAAAACACAUGCCGACCUGAACUCCGCUCUCCCUGGCACUACCCCGUUCUACCGCUCCGAAGGCCCGCAAGCAUUCUUCCGACUUGAAGAACUACGCCCCAGUGUCCUAUAUAUAUUUGGCGGCAAAUCCGACGUGGGCACGCCCGACGCCUGCAAAGCCAAGAUGGCCUACACUGGAGUCGGUGUUGGUGGCAGUGGAGGUGAACCUGCCGGACGGGUAAGUAGUGUGUUGUUCGAAGACGUCGGACAUCUCAUUGCCAUGGAGGCUGUCGACAGAACCGCUGAUCAUACCGCCGCGUGGUUGGGCAGCGAAAUGAAGAUUUGGAAAGACGAUGAAGACGAGCACAAUCGUACCUGGGGCUCUAAAUCACUUCGUGAAAAACAGACUGUGGACGAACAGUGGAAGAAGGCGCUAGGUGGUCCGAUGAGGAAACCCACGAAGGAGAAAUUAUAGUGUUUCUGGGCCCCUUUUUGUCUCCAAUCUAGACCCGAUUCUGGUCGUCCUGCGUAGUAACAGCCAGAGAUGAUAGAUUCAAUUGACACUCAGUGAAAGAUUUGUUGCAUAAUAUAUCGU